AUGGAUCCACCACCUCUGCCACCCCUCCCCACCACCCCCACCAGCACCCCCAUCCCCGCUGCUACCACCACCGCCGUCCCUGCUGCCACUGCUAUCCAUCUCAAUUAUCCUGACUCCAUUGACUCCUCUCCUCGCUCCCGCAAUAAUGACACUUAUGAUGACCCUCUGCCGCCAGUCCCUGGUGCCAAGCUCCGCCUGAUGUGCAGUUACGGCGGCCACAUUAUCCCCCGUCCCCACGACAAAUCUCUCUGCUAUGUAGGUGGAGAUACGCGCCUGGUGGUGGUCGACCGCCACUCGUCACUUUCUUCUCUUUGCACCCGCCUCUCUCGUUCUCUUCUCCAUGGCCGAAGCUUCACGAUGAAAUACCAGCUUCCUAAUGAAGAUCUUGACUCUCUUGUAUCCAUCACAACUGAAGAGGAUCUCGAGAACAUGAUCGAAGAAUAUGACCGGUUAACAUCAACUUCAACUUCUGUAUCUUCUACACGGAUUCGUCUGUUUCUUUUCUUUAACAAGCCUGAAACUGCAGCCUCCAUGGGAUCACUUCUUGAUGAUGCCAAAUCUGAAACUUGGUUUGUUGACGCUCUCAAUGGCUCCGGGCUACUUCCUAGAGGGCUCUCUGAUACCACCAUGGAUUGCUUACUAAAUCUUGAUAACGAUAACGACUUGGAGGCUCCACCUGAGGCCGAUCACAACAGGGAGGUGAAAAAUGUGGCGCAUGAAGUGCAUUAUUCUAUGCCAGAUUCGCCUAUUGUAGAAACUAGUUCGUCUUUUGGCUCGUCUUCUUCAAGUCCUUCAAUGUCAAAUUUGCCACCGAUUCGUGUUCGUGUUGAGGAUCAGAAGAAUGGGAUGGAAGAGAAAUUUGCUCAGAUGAGUUUUGCUCAUAGUGGUUUGCAGAGGCAGGAUGAUGGAUUAGUUGUUCACUCAGGUAUUCCACCUCCAAUUCCAGUGAGUUUGGGUAGUUCCGGGGCUCUGACUUCACUUAAUCAUACAGUUGCGUCUAAUGAAAAUUCAAGUAGGAUUUUAUCUGAUGAUGAGAGAUCGGAUCAUGGUAAUCCUGUCCGGUUAAGGAAACCUCCAUUGCCAUUGCAGCCAGUUCAACACAAAGCCGGUACAGCUUACAAUUUGCCUUCCCCUGACUCUGUUGCAAGUGACAGCAGCAUUGCAUCUGCAAGUUCUCUUUCUAAGCCCAUGUAUUAUCAAGACCAAGUUGUUGCUACACACAGGGAGAGCAGAGGUCCCACGAGCCCAAAUACAAGUAGUGAAAUCCCAAUUCCAAGCUCACAAAUUCAAGAUCAGACUUAUGUUUUGCCUCCACAAUCAGAUCAACAACAACAACAAACACAUCAACAACAACAACAACAACAACAAUUUGCACACGCGAGCAUGCACUAUAUUCCCCAUCCUGCAACCAAUCCGGUGCCAAUUUCAUCUUACUAUCAUCAAGUGUAUGCACCACCACCGCAACAACUUCACCACCCAACUGAUCCACAAUACCCGGUUUAUGUAAUGCCAGUUACUCAAAACCAACCAUUCAUGUCAAUGCAAUCUAAUCUAGUUGACACUAGUACUGUUGUGGCCUCAAGCCGCCCACUGACGCCUCCAACUCCGACGGUAGUUGCAGCCUCUGCAGCAUACAAAGACUCAAUUCCACCGAUUUACCCCACAAAAACAGCUACUCAAGCUAAACCUGAAAUGCCUGCAAGUGUAUACAGAACGGCUGUGACUUCAACUCCUGCGUUAGUCCAAAUUCCUGCUAAUCAAUUUCAACAACAGUAUGUUGGUUACUCUCAAUUGCAACAUCCUUCUCAGUCUAUUGCGGUUGCUUCUGGUGCUGCUGCUAAUUAUGGUUAUGAGUAUGCUAAUCCUGCUCAUGAACAAGUUUACUAUGCAUCACAUCAAGCUGCCCCGUUGCCUUCUCAGUACCAAAGCAUGAGCCCAGCUGCAGCAGUUGCGGCAUUAGCCGAUGCCUCAAAACAGAUGCCUGCAGAUGGCACUAUGCAGCAGAUCAGAACCUCACAGGCGCUAUGA